AUGCCACCAUCAGUCGUUUCUCCUCCAAGCAUGGGUUUCGGGUCCGGUAUCAUUGGACGGGAAAGACCUCUUCUUGUCGGCAGUGCGCUCAACGGCGGCAACGGCAGUGCCGCCUUUCGACAACACACCUUUCGACAGCCACAGCCACAGCAGGUUACUUCACUCGACUCGAAGCCUAAUUCAGGAGCAGGAGCAGUUCCGGCAGUGACAGUGACGCCGAUCCCCUCAGAUAUCAUCAUGACCAAGAUUCCUCUCAAGCGCAAGUGGACCUUUUGGCACGACAAGAUUGUUGCCAAUCCCACUCCAGCAUCGUACACCGAGAACCUCAGGACAGUAGCAGAGGCAGACACAGUCCAAGGGUUUUGGUCAGUGUACAACAAUACGGCCGGUCCAGAAAAAUUGGCAUUGCGAUGCUCGUUGCAUUUCAUGCACAAGGGAGUCAAGCCACUAUGGGAGGACCCCCAGAACGAGCGAGGUGGCGCCUGGAACUUUAGGAUAGCCAAGGCGAGCACUCCUGUGGUCUGGAGGGAGUUGCUCAUGGCCUUGGUUGGCGAGCAGUUUGAGGAUACUAUCGCGCCAGGCGACGAGAUUUUUGGAUUGUCGGUGUCAGCGCGGUGGAACUCUGACAUCUUUCAGAUCUGGAACAUGGACUCGUCGCUCAAGGAAAGCAGCACGGUCAUGGAUAAAGUCACCGCGAUCUUGGCCAACGUCGACUCUCUCAAGGAUGUCGAGAUUCAGUCGCCCUUCUACAAAGCUCAUAAGGACCAUGAGCAUUUCAACAACAUAUACGACCACCGAAAUGGGUUGAUGGAUGCGAUCCGCGACAAUGAGAUCCUUGUCAUCAUCGGAGAGACCGGUUCAGGAAAGACGACGCAGUUGCCUCGAUAUAUCAUCGAAGAGUUUCGAAGCAUGCGUAUUGGUGUCACCCAGCCCAGGCAAGUCUCUUACCUCAGAAUACGUAUCGCAGCAAUCUCGGUGGCAAAGCGAGUAGCAGAGGAAUAUGACUGCAGGAUCGGCGAUACUGUAGGAUACACUAUUCGGUUUGAUGAUACGACCUCGUCCAGGACGCGAUUGAAAUACAUGACGGACGGAGUGCUCCUGCGCGAGGCGACGAUGGAUCCCUUGCUGGAGAAGUAUGAUCUCUUGAUCAUCGAUGAGGCGCACGAGCGAACCGUUGACACGGAUGUGUUGUUUGGCUUGCUGAAGAGGACAAAGGCAAAGCGGCGGGAUCUCAAGUUGCUCAUCAUGAGUGCUACCUUGAAUGUGACAAAGUUUUCCGACUUUUUCAACGAGUGUCCGAUCUACUCCAUCCCUGGCAGGACAUAUCCAGUCGAAAUCUUGCAUUCUCGCGACACUGCCAAGGUGGGCGCACUCAAAGCGACAUAUGUCUCCAAGUGUGUCGACACUGUGACGCAUAUCCUCAACAAGGAGGUCCGACCGGGCGAGGUGGGCGAUGUAUUGGUCUUCCUGACAGGACAACAUGAGAUCGAGCGGGCGUGUCAGGAUCUGAAGAAGGCGGUUCAGGACCAGUCUUCGAAGGAUAGCAAGUCGGUCACAUUGGAUCAGUUGCAAAUUUUGCCCCUGUACGCGUCACUGGAGCUGCUGGAUCAGACUACCAUCUUUGAACCGUCAGCGCGGAACAUGCGCAAGAUCAUCUUUGCGACCAAUAUUGCCCAGACCAGUAUCACCAUACCCAACAUCCGCUUCGUGGUCGAUUCAGGAUUUGUCAAACAAAAGAUGUACGACCCCACCACAGGAAUGGACGCCCUCCUAGUUGUGCCCAUCUCCCAGGCUGCAGCAACUCAACGUUCAGGACGUGCAGGGAGAACGAGGGCUGGUGUCUGUUUCCGGAUGUACUCUCGAGAGUCCUACGAGACCGAGAUGGAGAAGGAGACUGUGCCAGAGAUCCUUCGGACAGGGUUGACGGGCACUGUGUUGUCGUUGAAGCGGCUAGGGAUCUUGGAUGUCAAUGGGUUCGAGUUCCUGGAUCGCCCUGGGGAGCAAGAGCUUCAAGCUGCGUCGAGAGAGUUGUAUCUAGUGGGAGGUAUUGAUCGGUUUGGACAAAUGACGGAUGUUGGGCAUGGGAUGAUUGCCUACCCGGUCAACCCACUCUUGGCAAGAGCCCUGGUCGAGGCGGAAAAGAUUGGGUGUCUGGACAAAGUCAUCACUAUCGUUGCCAUGCUCUCCGAAGAACAGGAUGCAGCUCGGGAAGCCCACGCAAAGUAUUAUCACCCAUCCGGCGACCACGUCACACUCCUCAACGUCUACGAGGCAUGGCGGGAAUCCGACUAUUCCAAGGACUGGUGCCACAAAGAAUACUUUAACCUUCGACAGUUGCGGAUGGCCAAGAACAUUCGCUCGCAGCUCAAGGAUAUUGUCGAUCGGAAUUCUCAGAAUGAUCGGGAUACUCACCGCCAUUACGAUUCGAACUCAAGCUCAAGGAAAGAUGAUGAGGAGAAAGGUCAACGUCGUCAGUCUCCGGACCGGAUAUCGGGCCGCCGUGGUGGCGAUGAUAAUACGAGGAACAAACGCUCGAGAAAUGAUACAACGUCAUUGUCAUCGUCCUCGUCACGGUCGAUCCUGGAAGCAUUCAGCCAGGGGUAUGGAAUCCACCUCUCGAAAAAACACCAGCAUCGACCCAUGUUCUACCACUACCUUGCCUCAACCUCCUCUCCCUCCGCAGGAGCCGCAGGCCCAUCAAGCACACUACUCGCACUACACGUGUCCCCACUAUCAGCACUCUAUCUGGAUGAAGAGAGAUCGAUGACCAAGCAUGGCCGUCGAGUGGCACGGGAUCUGGAAUGGGUGGUAUACCAUGAGGUGGUGUACCAUGUCAAGGCGGUGAUGCGUUAUGUCAGCAAGAUCGAUCUGAGGUGGGUUCAGGCAACGUUGGAUCGGGCCAAGAUCUUUGACCAGGGCUUGGUUUGGCUUAAUCAUGAGCGGUCGGAUUUACCGCCUUUGAAAGAUGUGAGAGGGAACAAUGGUGGUAGUAAGACGUCGACCCGUGAUGAUGGAAAGGAGGGCGACAUGAAAGAAUCAGGAACAGCAGCAGCAGCGGAGGAGGGUGAAUCGGAGGAGCAGGCCAAGAAGAAGGCACGACUUGCGUUAGUUGAGGCGGCCCGGAAACGAGCAUUAGAGAGGCGCCAGAAUCAGUAA